AUGGGUUCAACCGCAUCAUUCCGUGGCUCUAAUUAUGGAUCACAGAUAGGGGCCAACUACGGUUCGGUCACGAACGAGUUUCAUCUGCCAUGGAAUCUUGACGACAAGUUAUCCCCUGUGCCUGGGGCUGCGUUCGAUUCAUACGUAGAUCAGCAUGAAGAUCGAUGUCUUCCCGGCACAAGAACCGAUCUCCUCUCACAGAUCAGCGAAUGGGCUGCGUCACCACAGGCCAGAUGCAUAUUCUGGUUGAGUGGAAUAGCGGGAACAGGAAAAUCGACCAUCUCUCGAACCAUGGCAGAAUCAUUCAGCCUAUCCCAAUCACUAGGAGCAACCUUUUUCUUUAAGAGAGGCGAAGGGGAUCGAGGGAAUGCAAGGAAAUUUUUCCCGACAAUCGCAAGGCAGCUGGCGAUCAAUAUUCCUGAGAUCGCUCCAGUCCUCCAGGAAUCAGUCUGCGAGAACCCAGGUAUCAUAACAAAAACAAUGCGGGAGCAAUUCGAAAAACUCCUUCUUCAGCCACUCCACAGCAUCGAGCGCUCUAAAACCCCUACUCUGGCUAUCGUGAUAGUAAUUGACGCAUUAGAUAAAUGUGAAGGAGAUGGCGAUAUUCGGCUAAUACUCCAACUUCUCCCCCGGCUACAAAAUCUAGCGGCUAGGCGUCUACGAGUUCUCUUAACUAGCAGACCUGAUCUACCGAUUCGUCUUGGGUUUUUGAAGAUUGCCAAUGAUGAUCAUAGUGACUUUGUUCUCCAUGACAUCCCUCUUGAAGUGAUCAAGCAUGAUAUAUCGCUAUUCUUUGAUUACCGAUUAACAGAGAUCAGAACAGAACGCUUCUUACCAUCAAACUGGCCCGGCGACGAAGGUUUACAGAAGCUAGUGGCGUUAUCUAUUCCGUUAUUUAUUUUUGCUGCAACUGUCUGUCGGAUAUUUGAGGAACUUGACUGGGACCCGGUGGACAGUCUUUCUGAGAUCCUAACACGCCAACAUGCCCAAUCAAAGCUGGAUAGUACGUAUCUUCCAGUCCUUGAUCGUCUUCUCGGCAGACAACACGAGAGACAUAAAGAAAAACUGGUUUCCCAGUUCCAGCAAGUAAUCGGAGCCAUCGUGACGCUAGAGAGUCCACUCUCGGUUCCCUCACUUGCAAAGCUUCUGGACCUCCCGGAGCGGCUUGUUCGUCUUCGACUAGACCCACUUCACUCGGUGCUUAGAGUGCCAGAUAACGAAACGCUACCCGUGCGGCUUUUUCACUUGUCAUUUCGAGACUUUCUUCUUGAUCCAGAGACCCGGGAAAAAACCCCUUUAGGGAUAAACGAGACAGAGACGCACUAUAAGUUGGCUAAAAAAUGCCUCCUGAUGUGUCAAAGUCUACGAAAAAAUAUCUGUGGCCUGCCAAGUGAUGGAACCGAACGUACAGAGAUUGAUCGCCAGACUGUCGAUAGCAGUCUUCCUCCGGAGCUACAGUACGCCUGUCGAUACUGGGCAUACCAUAUGGGCAAUGACCCUCCUUCAACAUCGGAUUUUCUUCACGAUGCAAAGCGAUUUAUUCUGAAAAACUACCAGAUUAUUGAUCUAGCGCCCCUUCAAGUUUAUUGUGCAGGCCUUAUAUUUGCACCCCGGACAGCAAUAAUCCGUGCACAGUUCAAACGAGAGAUUCCAACUUCGAUAUGCCAGUUACCACGAGUCGAGGAAAGAUGGGGCCCCGAACUACAGACGCUCGAGGGUCAUUCGGGUUUCGUUGAGUCAGUGGCCUUCUCGCCCGACGGCCGACUACUCGCAUCUGGCUCUGAAGACAAGACAAUACGGCUUUGGAAUCCGGUGACCGGCACGCUCAUCCAGACGCUCGAAGGCCAUUCGGGUUCGGUUCAGUCGGUAUCCUUCUCGCCCGACGGCCGGUUGCUGGCGUCCGGCUCUGGAGAUAGGAUAGUGCGGCUCUGGGGCCCUACGCUCGAAGGCCACUCGAGUUCGGUUCUGUCGGUGACCUUCUCGCCCGAUAGUCGGGUGCUGGCGUCCGGCUCUAGAGAUAAGACAGUACGGCUCUGGGAUCCAGCAACGGGCGUACUCACCCAGACGCUCGAAGGCCACUCGAGUUCGGUUCUGUCGGUGACCUUCUCGCCCGAUGGCCGGCUGCUAGCGUUGGGUUGCUACGAUAAGACCAUACAGCUCUGGGAUCCAGCAACGGGCGUGCUCACCCAGACGCUCGAAGGCCACUCGAGUUCGGUUCUGUCGGUGACCUUCUCGCCCGAUGGCCGGCUGCUGGCCUCCGGCUCCUUCGAUAAGACAGUACGGCUCUGGGACCCGGCGACAGGCGCGCUUAGCCAGACGCUUGAAGGCCAUUCGCGUUCAUUUCAGUCGGUGACCUUCUCGCCCGACGGCCGGCUACUGGCUUCUGGCUCCGAAGGUAGCAUAGUGCGGCUCUGGGAUCUAGCAACGGGCGUGCUCACCCAGACGCUCGAAGGCCACUCGAGUUCAGUUCAGUCGGUGACCUUCUCGCCCGACAGCCGGCUGCUGGCCUCCGGCUCCUACGAUAAGACAAUACGGCUUUGGGAUCCGGCAACGGGUGCGCUCACCCAGAGACUAGAAGGCCAUUCGAGUUCAGUUUGGUAA